AUGGCAUAUCGAGCUGAAACACGUGCCAAUAGCCAUAAAUUGUCAAAAUCUGAAGAGGAAUCGCUUGUCAAAUGGAUACUCGACCUAGACAAACGUGGAUUGCCUCCUCGACACUCUCUUGUACGAGAGAUGGCUGAUUAUCUUCUUUCACAACGUGGAAAUCAACAGGUUGGAGAGAAAUGGGUAUAUAAUCUUAUUCGACGUCGCCCAGAGAUCGAAUCCAAAUUUUCCCGGAAAUAUAACUACGAGCGUGCUAAAUGCGAAGAUCCAAAGAUAAUCCAAGAAUAUUUUGAUCGCGUACGAGAGGUUGUAUCAGAACAUGGAAUUUUACAAGAAGAUAUCUACAAUUUUGAUGAGACCGGCUUUGCUAUGGGUCUUUGUGCAACUGCCAAGGUUAUUACUGGAAGUGAUCGAUAUGCUCGGCCAAAGCUAUUACAGCCUGUUAAUUCGAUUGGGUGGGCAUUGCCUUCGUACAUUAUUUUCAAGGCAAAGAAAUAUACUCGAUUAGGCUGGUUUGAGGAUCUUCCAGACGACUGGAAAAUCAAUAUUAGCGAUAAUGGGUGGACAACAGAUAAGAUUGGAUUAGAAUGGCUUAAAACUCAUUUUAUUCCUCUUACCGAUGGCCGUACAUUGGGGAAAUAUCGGAUGUUGAUUCUUGAUGGUCAUGGAAGCCAUUUAACAGCUGAAUUUGACCGUACAUGCACUGAGAAUAAUAUUAUUCCACCUCUUGAUGUUGGCUGUUUUGCUGUUUUAAAGCGACAUUAUGGACAGCUUGUUGAGCAGCGAACGAGGCUUGGAUUCAAUCACAUUGACAAAAUCGACUUCCUCACUGCAUUCCCGAAGGCUCGUACAAUGGCAUAUAAAGCUCAAACUGUUCGGAAUAGCUUUAUAGCAACUGGAUUAAAGGAACUCCAUAAUCUACGGGCUGCACAUGAGAAGGAGAAGCAAAAACGUCGAAGAUCUAAGCAGCAAAUAUCUCAUGAGCAGGGAAUUACCAGAGAGGAAGCUCAAGCACUCGUUCAAGGUCAGAUUGAAGUAUCUCAGGCCGUUACUACUGCUCCGGCCGAGCCUGAGCUCCCAGUCUCUCAUCCACCUGUACGACGUCAAUUUCGCUGCAGUGGUUGUGGUGUUGCAGGACAUAAAAUAACUGGAUGUCCUAAUCGUAUUAGUACUUAA